GAUGGGGAGGAGGAGGCGGGCAGUGUAGCGCUGGACCUGCCGCUGUGUGCACCUCACGCCUCGCCCUCCACACACCCACCCAGCUGCUACACACCCUUCCACCUCCCUCAAUCCCAACACCUGUCCCUCUGGACACGCACACACACACACGCGCGUGAGUCCUGGACUAAUAACCGCCCCUGAAUCACCCAUCUACCUCUCGCCCGCCUCCUGAACGACUCUCCUCCAAUAUCCACCUCUGAGGAUGACUGACGACCACCUUAAGGACGACCUGGCGAUAAAGAAGAUGAUUUUGGAUUGCCAGGGACCCCGCGCCUGCUAGCACCAGCUAUGGAGGGACAUAUUUGUUUGUGAGGAUGAGCACAACACCGGCGCCCAUUGUCCUCGUCCUAGUGUCCGCUCUCCUGGUCACCUGUAACGUCUUCUGGCUGUACUCCUCCACCACACACAGCCACAGAGUAGGACUGUGUGGUCAUGACUUCGAGGCAUGGGGAAGCAGUAGCAGCAGCAGUAGCAGCAACAACAGCAGCAGCAGCAGCGGCAGCAGUAGCAGCAGCAGCAGCAGCAGUGGCAGCGUCCCCCACCGGAGGGACUACCAGCAGGUGGUGGGGAGCGGGCUGCUGGACGUGCCCUUCCCUAUCCCCAUCCCUAACGACACUGUCCUCCUGGGCAACGACGCUGAGGGCGAGGAAGGCAAUACCCGCUACCUGACAAUCGGCAUAUCAUCAGUGUGGCGCAAGGAUGACUACCUGACCCGCACCAUCGACUCCAUACUGAGGGAGACAACAGAGCAUGAGCGGAAUGACAUCCUUAUAUUUCUCCUCCUUGCUGAUGCAGACUCAAACCUCAGGUCCCAGCGCGCCUUGACGUUGGGUGUCCGUUACAGCCAUGAGAUCCAGACUGGCCUCCUGAGGGUGUUGCAGCCACCACCCAUCCUCUACCCUAGCAUUGACUUCACUGCCAUCAGGAGAACAUAUAAUGAUUCUGUGGCCAGGGUACAGUGGCGAACUAAACAGGUGCUAGACUUUGCAUUUCUCUUCUGGUAUGUGUGGAUGCAUCACCCCUCCACCUAUUACUUGGUACUAGAGGAUGAUGUGCUCAGUGCCAAACACUUUGUUACUGCCAUCAAGGACUUCGUCACACUCCACAGAAACCAUCAUUGGAUAUCUUUGCAGUUGGCUGGAUUUUUGGGGAUUGGUCAGCUGGUCCGCUGCAGUGAUCUCGAUCGUUUAGUAUCCUUCUUGCUGCUUUUUUACCGAGAACAUCCCGUAGAUGUCCUCAUUAACCAGUGGAUCAAUCUCAUGGCCCCUGAAAAGCCACCAAAGGACCGACCCACUAGGAGGGUUCCUGGGCUUUUCCAGCACAUUGGAGUUCACUCCACCUUGGCUAAUAAGACCCAGUCACUCAAGGAUAAUACAUUCAGUUUGGUAAAGCGUCGUUUCUCCCACGUCAAUCCAACGGCUGACGUAGUGACAACCAUCCGACAGUAUAAAGCCUACUUGGCAGAGCAUGCCUACUCCUCAGCCCCGGGUAUGUUUUGGGGCAUUCCUAAACCAGGAGACACCUUUGACAUCCUUUUUCCAGAACCGCUGAAAAUAUCCAGGGUGGUAAUUCUUACUGGAGCAGCAAUCAAUAAGAAGACUCGGGAUCGUCUCCUAUAUGGCAGUCUAGAAGUAUCCUCAACCUUUGUUAAGAUGGAGAACCCUAAACGGGCCUUAUGCAAAGGUUUUUCAUCUGUCCAGGACUUCAAAAAUGGAGAACUAGAUGUAAGAAACUUGAGAAAGACCUUCCCUAAGGGUAUUCAGUGCCUCAGAAUAGCCAUUGGCACCAAGCAGAAGUCAUGGGUGGCCAUCACAGAGGUGGCUGUCUUCACCGAGGAGGACCACGCAGGAGAAUCUAAGUCGACACUAAUCUCUGCCACUCUUGAAGUCCAUCAGAGCAAGGACAAAGUAAAGUGACUCAGUAAUCAGUUUCAAGACUUUCAGAAAUUCUAGUCUAAAACACUGACAUUACAGUGAGUUGGUCAUGGUUUUGAGCCUUCUUAAAGACACCAGACUGAGACUGCUGUAAAUUUAGUGGCCUGGUGAUUGUUUUAAUACUUUCCAGGUUUCCCAGAGCAAGACUGUUGACCUUGACCUACUAGAAACACUAAAGCAAGGUCAACUCCUAUUAUUUCUUACUAGGUAUGAAUACUGUAUUAGACUAAGACCGUGAGUACGGAGAUACAAUUGUUAUUAAUUUACGGGUGAUGGCGCUCCUAGGAUUGGAUGCACUUGCCAAGAUAUAUAAUUGUAAAAUUUGACAGAUGCCACUUAACUUUAUCAGUCAUGAAGAGAUAACGAAAAGCUGGUAACAAAAAAAGUCACAGUUAAUGACUUUGCAACGUUUUCUUUAAAUGUGAGUCAUGGAAGUAAGAGGUUUAGGAGAAAAAUAUAUUUAAUCUAUUUUGACAGGUCAUUGCUAGUAUUUUUAUAUCAAAAUAAAAAUAUAACUGGUUUUGUUGACUUAGGAAAAGUUGAAACAUUUUUAAAACAAUAAUAAACUAUUUAAUGGUGAUGAAGACGUCCAGUGUAAAUUUAACACCCUUAAAUUUUCACUCAAUGAACACGUGAGUAUGUUAAGGUAGAAUAAACACUGAAACUUAUUUUGGCAAAAAAUGUUAAUUAUAAAUUUCAUAAAAACUGCAAACUAUUGUAAGUAUACUCAGUAAGAGUAUUUAGUAAACAUGUUAGUAAUGUUGUAAUUAUAGAAAACAGCAAAAAGUGAUGUAUAAAAUAGCAAGGACAAUAUGUUGUUUUAAAAUAUAUCAUAGGGGUCCUAUAGCAUAGGACAAUACAGUAUGUUGUCCUAAAAGAUAUUAUAUGGGACCUGUAGCAAAGGACAGUAUGGUAUCUAAAAAGAUAUUACAGUAUAUGGGUUCUGUAGCACAGGACAGCAUGGUGUCAAAGAAAAAAUAUAUACGAGUCCUGUAGCAUACUGGUCUGUGUCUUCGGCUCACAAUUGAGGAACUUUGGUUCAAUUACACACAGAAAUCACAAUUGCAUGAUGCAUCAAAUGAACAAAUCCGCAAGGGCUGUGACAAGGAUGUGUGUAAUGAAGUAAGGGCGAAGAGGUAGAACAGCCUAUUGACAUAGCUC